CGGAGCUAAAGGCAGAUAAGGCUGGUUCACACGGCGCGGGAUUCUACUGCUCAUGAAUAUUAAUUAACACGAUAACCAACCCGCCGAUGCGGAAGAGCACUACUCAUGAAUAAUCCAGCACACCGCUGAGCGGGAUUGAGAGCUGCAGGAGGAAGCGGUCGGACUUUGAUAACAUGGCGACCGCGAUGUAUCUGGAACACUAUCUAGACAGUAUAGAAAAUCUGCCAUGCGAGCUUCAGAGAAAUUUCCAGUUGAUGAGUGACUUGGACCAGAGGACAGAAGAUAAAAAGAAAGAAAUAGAUGCACUGGCUAGCGAGUACAUUGCCAAGGUACGGGACUUCUCCCCGGAGCAGAGAGUGCAGCAUCUUCAGCGCAUCCAGAAUGCCUACAGCAAGUGCAGAGAGUACAGCGAUGACAAGGUGCAGCUGGCCAUGCAGACGUAUGAGAUGGUGGAUAAGCACAUCAGGCGACUGGAUGCGGAUCUGGCACGCUUUGAAGCUGACCUGAAGGAAAAGGUGGAAGGAACAGAGUUUGACAGCCCGUCUGGACGUGGAAUAAAGAAGAAUCGAGGCCAAAAGGAUAAACGAGGUUCGCGAGGUCGGAGGGUGUCUGAAGAAGAUACUGUGAAGAAAAAGAAGUUGAAAGGAGGAGUGACAUCGUAUUCUGAUACAGUACUCCCGAUGCACCCCUCGGAUGUCUUGGAUAUGCCUGUGGACCCCAACGAGCCCACGUAUUGCUUGUGUCACCAAGUUUCUUAUGGCGAAAUGAUUGGCUGUGACAAUCCAGACUGUCCCAUUGAGUGGUUCCAUUUUGCUUGUGUAGACCUCACCACCAAACCUAAAGGGAAAUGGUUCUGUCCCCGGUGCACCCAGGAGCGGAAGAAAUGAUCGUAGCGCCCUAUCAACUUGAGCUGUUAAAUUGGUCUUUACUACUUCAAUGUUUCACUUGGUAUAAUCCCAGACAUUUUGUCCUUUUUGGAAGGUUUCAUAGAAGCAGACAAUCUUUCCCUGUGAAACCGCACUGACUGUAGAUCUCUUCCGUAGGAGGGUUUGCACUUUGUAAAUGGUAUAUGUUUUUAUUUUUAUUUUUUUGUCAUGUUAAGAUUCCAUCCAAAGUUCAUACAACAACCAAAAUUAUGGCCGAUGGGAGUAUGUUAAGUAGAAAGACAGAAUAGAUGUAAGCAGCAAAUGCAUUAAC